AUGCUCAUGAGUAAGAGGCCUGCGGAAGAAACCCUGCACGAGGCAGCGGAACCUGGUAACGAUUUAAACCUUGUAUUUCAAAAUCAACCUUUAGACAAAGAACAUACUAAAUGUAAUGGUUUUUCAAGAAAGCGCAUACGGGCUUCAUCUUUUUCUUUGCAAACUACAGAUUCUCAGUCCCAAGGAGUGAAGAAAAACAAUGUUUUUAUGACACCAACUAUUGUGCAAAGGAGUGUUGACAUGAACAGUGCAGAACAAAGUCCUUUGAAACAUUCUGAACAUGUCCUAAGACCUGCUAUUUUGCAGCCACCUCGAGCUCAAAGGUGUGAAAAAGUAAGACACCAUGCAUUGGAACACUGCAAGACUAAAGAACAAACAAAAAAUAAGAUUUCUGAGAAGAACUCCUCUUUGCUAAGUGAAAAUAUGCCAAGUGCUGGAAUUUCAAUCCAGCUGUCUACCAACCAGAUUCUUUUGGGUGCUGCAUCAGUAGGAUGUCAACCAAAUGAAGAUAAGUAUUCUUUUAAAAGCUGCAGUUCUGACUUCGUUUUUGGAGAAAACAUGGUAGAAAGAGUUUUGGGUAUGCAAAAACUCACCCAGCCUCAACUUGAAAAUGACUCCUAUGCCAAGGAAAAGCCAUUCAAAUACAAUCUAAAAUUUCCUAUCAACUCUCCAAACUCAAGAACAGACGCUAUUAAAAAUAUGUCCCUGAUUGAAUCAGCUGCUGCUCUCUCUUCCAAAUCAUCACCAAAAUGCUUGCUGAAGAAAAUUGAUGUAAUAACAGGGGAAGAAGCGGAAUAUAAUGUGUUAAAGAUCAACUGCAAGCUUUUUGUGUUCAACAAAACCACCCCGUCCUGGACUGAAAGGGGCCGGGGAGCGCUGAGGCUGAAUGACACAGCUGGCAGUGACCGUGGGGCCUUCCAGUCAAGACUAAUUAUGCGCAAUCAAGGCAGCCUGAGGCUGAUUCUCAACAGCAAACUCUGGACUCAAAUGGAGAUUCAAAGAGCGAACCCCCGAAAUUUACGAGUAACAGCUACUGAUUUAGAAGACUACAGCAUCAAAGUGUUUUUAAUUCAGGCCACUGCCAAAGACACAGAAUCGCUGUAUGCAGCCAUACAUCACCGUCUUGUUGCUCUUCGAAGCUUCGAGAAGCAGAAAGACAUCAAUCAGGCUGACAGCCAGGCAGAAGCAGCCCUCCCACAACUAAACUGCGACAGCUGUGAUGAGGAUGAGGAUGGUUUCACCCAAGGCACUAAAAAUAGAUCAGAUCCUUCUAGGUGGACCCACCGACAGUCAGUGGCCUGUUCAUGAGUGCCACCUACUAUAACAUGACGACAUCUACACAAAGAUUGGUCACCAACUGAAAAUACUAAGCCAUCCUCACUACACGAGAAGAUCCUAUUCAUCCCUUGAAGAGUUUUAAUAGAAAAGUUCAUGAAAUAUAAUUUGUUGCAAUUGAAGUUUUUCUCUUAUGUAGUCUGGUAAUUCUGAGGUUUUACAUUUUGAUUAUUGUGGAGAAAAUGACAGAAUUUAAGAAAUACAUAGACUUUGGAAGUUCAAAAUUUGUCAUUUUUGGAGAAGUUAACUUAGAAUAGGAUUUGAUAACUAAUUUGGACUAUUCAUCACAUUGAUGGAUAUACUAGUUAAAAUGAUAAAUUGCUGGAUUUGAUAAAUAGCUAAGUAAAAUCUUUAUUUUUUCAGUCAUGCAUUGUGUGGCCAUAAAACAAAUAUUUUAUAAUAUUUCCAGUCAUUUCUUUGAAAACCACUCUAACUGCAUAACAUUUCAUUAAAACAUGUUUUUCUUCUGAGACACGUGUAUUUUCAUUUAGCCUUUGGACUUCCUAAUAC